CUGCACUGGGAAGGCAGCGGCAUAUGUUACUGUUGGCAAAGCAUUUGGAGAAGGUUGAUGUUUGAUCAUGUGGCGAGGGGAGCAUGUUCCACAGGCUUUCCAGGCCCCUGUGGAUGUCCACGCCAGUGCAGAUGGCCAGGUGUACAUGUUCAAGAGGAGGCCAAAUGAAUCUGGUGCAUCAUCAGAAGAUGACGAGCUCAGUGUCAUGGAGAUUAGGCCACAGGCUUUCCAAGAGCAGAAACAGGACAGACUGAGGAACGUCCAGCUGCUCGAGCGGGAGGUGUUGGAUGGUGACAAUCUCAACAAGCUCGCACUGCAGUAUGGCUGUAAGGUGGCAGAUAUAAAGCGGGUUAACAACCUUAUACAGGAACAAGAUAUAUUUGCACUGAAAUCCAUCAAAAUACCAGUUCAGAAACACAGCUUUUUAACAGAGACUUACUCAGACCUGUGUGACCCUCAAGAAGAAAUACCACAUUCAUCUACCACGCCGGUGGAGACUCGGGACAGAGCCAGAGCACAACCACAUCUCAAUGAGGUCACGGACUUUCUGAUGGAUGUGGACAAUGAUAUUGAGAAACUGAUUCAGACCACAAAUGAUCAUGAUACGGAUUUCAUGGAUGACUCUGAGAGAGCGCACAGGUUUGGUUUCAGAGGAAAGCGCCUCAUCAGUCACGGUGCAGACUGGGGCAUCCAGUGGUGGAACGCUGUGAUUGCCAUGCUCCUGAUAGGCAUUGUCCUACCAUUAUUUUAUGUGAUUUACUUCAAAACAAAAUCUAAUGGAGUAGCUUCACCAGCAGAUGGUAGUGGUGCACCACUAUCAUCUAUCACCUCUUCAAACAGAUCAGAGACAGGAAAGCCAGGAUAGUGCAGACUCAAAAGUAAGUGACAAUCAAGAUAAAGCC